UCUAUCAUAAGGCAGGGGGGUGGCCCAAAGUGAGGCUUCUCCCAUCUCAUCCGAGGUCUUUUCCGUUUUUCGCCCAAACAAGGUUUUUUCUCUCGUCGCUCCCAACCUCCCCCCAUCUACACGAUCGGGUGGCGCCCCCCGACAACACCAUAUAUACCUCCCGGCUUUGGCCUCGUACGUACAGUACAUAUCCCAGACACAGGCGUCCUGUGGAGAUACCUUCGUUCCACUGCAUUCGAACCUGCACCACCACCAGGCACUGCAAACGUCGGAGAGAGUGACAGUUGCGUAAAUCACACUCACAUCGCUCACUUCAACAACCACAUACCCCCGGCUCUUGUAACAAGCAUCAUGGACGACUCCUCAGCAUCUCCAGCACCGGCCACGGCCGAUGCCAACGGGAGCGCGGCAACCCUAACGAACCCCCAAGUCGCCGCCGCCGCCGCCGGCCAACAACAACAUGGGCCUGCUUACAACGCCCACAAUGGGCGCGCCACUGUCCCAUCAGUACUGGUCUACGAGCCUACCGGUGCCCUCGGUGUAAAGAAGGACGACGGUCUCGCAACAGCCUCCCCAACCUCCCCCGCAAACCUCCGUUCUCCCUCCACCCGCACCCGCACAACUUCCCACACCGACCACAGCGGCCGUCCCCGCCUCUCAACCCAACUGUCCCGCUCAGACCUCAUCGAGCGCAAACACCACGCCCGCAAGAUCCGCAAUGAGUCGAGGAACUCGUACACCGAGAUCCUGCGUGUGCGCGCGAGUGUCAUUCCCAGGGUGUUGGUUCCGAGUCUUUUGCAUACCGUUUGGGCGGCCUUGUGGACGACGUUGUAUCAGGUGGCCGGGUGGAGGUGGAUUUCGAUCCCGCCGCAGUUGAUUACGAUUUUGGGUGUCGUUAUUUCUCUGUUGUUGGUUUUCAGGACCAAUACGGCUUACGAUCGCUACUGGGAAGGCCGUCGUGUCUGGGGCACCCUCAUCACGCAAAUCCGGAACCUCGCCCGGUUCGUCUGGAUCGGCGUGCAGACCCCCGACACGGCCCUCGUCUACGAAAAGAAGGGGGCCAUGAACCUCCUUCUCGGCUUUGCCGUCGCGACCAAGCACUACCUGAGGAGCGAACUUGGCCACAAGUAUGCGGAUCUGCACCAUUUGCUGGUGCAUUUGCCCGAAUUCAGGUCGGGCGCAAAGGACCCGAAUGUCAAGAAUUUGCCGUUGGAGAUCAGUUUCCAUAUUAGUUCUUAUAUUGCCGCUUGUCGGCAGAAGGAAUUGAUCGACGUCUCGCAACAAACAGCAAUGGUCAACGCCCUCUCCUCCAUGAUCGACUGCCUCACCUCCUUCGAGCGCAUCCGCAACACUCCGAUCCCCAUCGCCUACUCCGUCCACCUCCAACAGACGCUGACGCUGUACAUCCUCGCCCUGCCGUUCCAGCUCGUCAGCGUGCUGUACUGGGGGACUAUACCUGUGUGCUGGAUCGCCGCGUUCACCAUGUUGGGGAUUGAGUGUAUUGGGGGGGAGAUUGAGAACCCGUUCGGCUACGACGAAAACGACCUCCAAGUCGAAGAAUUCUGCCGGUCCACCCGCGAAGAGCUGCUGAGGGUCAUGGUCCGCCCGCAGACGCUCGACCCAGCGACAUGGGGCGCGCCGUUCGUUGAAGGCGAGUUCAAGGAUCUGGAGACGAUGGUGAGGAGUGCGGGGGGCAGUGUAGAUUUGAGAAGGGGGGCGGAGGAGGUCGGGAUUGUGAUUGAGGAGGUUGGGGGGGAUGUGAACAGGAAGUGAGGGACUGGUUGAGGGUUAUUUACUGGUUCUGAGAUGUGUUUUUUGCAUGGACGUUGGGUGAGAUAUUUUUUCCUUGCCAUAUCGGCGUAGUGGGACAUUCGAAUCAAAGACAGGCUUUCUUUGCAUUUUGCGUUAGUCUUGCCGCGUAACUUCAUGUGACAUGUAUUAUACUGCAUUCGAGGCGUGAAAAUCCACAUCAAUGUCAUAUUUACUGCCUGGUCUCAAUUUU